ACAAACAAAACUUUGAAAACAACUGAGUUAGACAUCAUGUUCAUUUGUAGAUGCUAUGUUUUUGCCUUCAGGUCAAACUAAUUACAAUGCCCAGCUCUUCUUGAUUUGUGUUUCUGGCUAAUUGUUUACAUGCUGUCGUUUUCUCUGCGAUGGCUGAGAUCAUCAUGUGUGAGCCAUUUGAGCUCUACAAUCUCCUCAACCAGUGCAGGUGUGUGUCAAGGCUGGCAGAGAUCAACUACCUCUGUCUGAUUGAUGCUCGUGCAGCCCAAGACUACAACACGAGUCACAUCAUAACAGCUAAAAAUGUCAAGAUGGAUUCAGAAGGCAAAUUCCUCCUGCCAGUGGCUGUGGAGGUUGACAGUAUGCAGCAUGUGGUGGUUUAUGACAGUGACACGAGCAGUUUGGACGAACAAGGCAGAGCAGUUGAAUGUGCCCAGGCUCUGGCCAAAGCUAGCCUCUAUCCAGUCCACAUAGUGAGAGGAGGCUUUCAGAAGUUCUCAGCUCUGUACCCUUUCUUAAGGACUGAGAAAAUUAUGUACACCAUCAUGGAGCUGGAAAACCUGAAAGCUUAUCCAGUGGAGGUUAUAGCAGGACUGCUGUAUAUGGGUAACCAGACACAAGGCAUGAACUCCAGUAUCCUCAGAGACCUGAAAAUCAGCGCUGUCAUCGCCAUCUCACAGAGUGACACUCUGGAAUCUAGGUCCAUAAAAGGGAACCAGACCAUCCUUAACAUCCCUGUAUCUGACUCUGUGGCAUCUGACUUCUAUUCAAGUUUUGAAAGGAUUUGUAGUUUUAUUGGGUCACACAUCAACAUGGGCUCUCGUGUGUUGAUAGUUUCCAGGCAGGGCAGAAGCCGCUGCAGUGCUCUAACCAUUGCCUUUCUUAUGCACCACCUCAAAUACACACUGGAGGAGGCCUGGAGGUACAUGCUCAAAUGUAAACCAGACACGAGGCCAAACACAGGGUUUCUACAGCAGCUGUCUGACUGGGAGCUUCACACCAUGGGAACUAAAGUGACUGAUAUCUCCAAAGCUCAUUUUUAACAAAGGAAUGUGGCUGGUUCAUAUUCAGUAAAGACAAGUGAUUUCAGUUGCAUUACAUCAUUAUUAUCAUUAUUAUUACAGGCACAUGUCCUCUGUUUAAGUUUGCAAAGAGAAGGCUUAGGCUGUAGGUCUACUUUCUGGUAACACUUUAUAAUGCAGUCUUUAAUGCAGUCUUUGAUUUACAGUGUAAUUUUGUUGUAUGAAAUGGGUACUAAUAAAAUAGUUUCCAAAGGGAGUAGCACCUCGGCAUUUAAGAUGAAAGGAGAAAUGAAUAGACUAUGAGUAUUUUAGAGCGUGUCUUUGGGGUACAGUACUUGAAACAAAACUGGAGAAAACUUGGGAAAUAAGGUGUUAACAACCUUCAUACUGUGCAAUUGAAGUGUAAAAAGGGGAGAAUAGCUGUACAUUGUAGCUUUGCUCAUUUCAUUUAGAAACAUUAUUGCAGCACCUAGGAGAAAAUAUUAUAUAUUUGAGGGGAGUUCAAUCACACCCACACUACAGAGAUUUAUUACCAUGUACCAUGGACUAUACAUCUGAAAGUUUUCUGUCAUAGCAUGCAGCAUGCCAUGACAGAAAACAGGUAUGAUAGGUAUUCUGGAGUAGAAAACACACACACCUGUCUGAAGUGCACAGCUAUGAAAGCUUUUGAGAACAAAAACUUUCAAUGAAGCAAUUUAAUGAUGUAACAUGCAGAAGUAGGAAGAUCUAAUUAUUUUAAUUGCAUGGUAUAAAUAAAGCAUGUGGGCUUUUCUCCCCUUUUACCUCUUUAAUCAUACAUGGAUAGAAAGACCAUUUCCCCAUAAUUCACUUUUGUUGCCUUAUGAUAUAAUUAAUUUUUUCUUUGCCUUUAAAUUCUCAACUCUUCGAGAAUACACUUAGUUUGGACAUUUACCAAAUGUAAGAACACAAAAAGAAACACAAAAAAGUGACAGU